GUCGCAUGCAAAAGUGUUUGGCUAAAAGAUUUGAGAUCUGUAACGAUGUUACGUAUCUAUUGACUUUCUUUCCUAGAAACUUAUUUGGAAAGUAAGUUUGCUUGCUGAUGCUGCUCGCAAACGAAGCCGGACGCGGCUCUGGUAGGACAAGGACGCCUGGAGGAGUUGCAUGCGGCUGUUCGCUCGCCAGUCGGUGUGCGUGUUGAAGUUUGCCUGGCCGAGUUCUGGCUCCAGAGACCGGCGUUGAUGUGCGGGUUGUCGCUGACUGGUUGACUGGAUAGUGGAAUUGUUUCGGAUAGACGUGCGGAGCCAGCGGGCGCUAGCGCUAUUCGCUGACGAGGAGAAUGAGGACCCUCGGCCCACUACCAUUCCAUAAUCCUCAUUGGCCGGAGCGCCCUCUGUGACGUCAUUCCGCAGCCAAUUUAAUUCAGCUGAUAUUACACUGAGUGUUUGUGGGUGUGGGCGUGGGUGUGGGGGAAAGUCACUGAAUGUCGGAGCAGUGGUCGAUGGAAAGCAGAUACAGCAGGGCUUUGCAAGACCUGCGCGUCGAUUUCCUGCGCGACUUGAAAUGUGAGGAUUUCGUACUGGAGCAUCUCCAUCAGCAACGAGUACUCGGUACGAAGCAGCGUGACGCCGUGCGUGGUCUGCAGUACCGUGAAGAGCAAGCGCGGCAGUUCCUGAAGGAGGUUGACAGUAUAUGCGAGGCCAGAGCAUGGUCAGAGCUGCUAUACGGAUUGAGAAAGUCGAGUAGCACUACACACCACUUCCUGGCUGAUAGUCUGGAACUGAAAGCAUCCGGCAGAUCGGAGCUGAUCCAGCGGCCACUAUCAGCCCCUGCCAAGGGUUAUCUAGAUGAGAUCAUGAAAAACCCCGACGAGGAAGAAUGCAGCAGUUAUAGUCCUGCUCCUGCAAGCCGUCAGCUUAGUCAUCCUGUCUCAAGCCAUACACCUGGGCUGAGCGCAGGUGGAGGGGACACAUCGUCUCCACGCCUGCCCCCAAUACGCUCUCAAGCUCUACCCCAGCACUCCGGCAGCCAGCCAUCCAUGUCAAUGAAUGACCCGAUGAGAAUGUCGGCAAGCUCGCCGGGGAGUGGUCCUAGCCUACCAUCCCGAAUGCAUGGCGUGGCGCAGGGACACCAUCUGCAACACCAGCAGCGACAUCAGCAUCAGCUGCAACCGUCCCAGUCCUCAGCUCAACCACCGUCGCGGUUAGGUGACCGUUCACAAUUUCCACAGCAACCGGCCACGUCACACUACCACCAGUGGCAAUCGCAGCACAGUGUCGGGGCUGGAAGGAGUACCCCAGCAGCAGCAGAGAGCUUCCUUCCACCCGUCACCCUCCCACAGCAGGCAGCACCACCGAUAGCAACGGGAAUUGACUUUGAGUCACUGAGCGACCGUGAGUUGGAGAAUCUGGCAGAAAUGCUGUAUGGAUCGAUAGGCAUUGAGUUUCCCAAGUUGGUCAACAGUCUUCUCUGCUCCAUCGCCAAAUACCGUCACGGCGCCCAGAUGGCGUUGAUCAGCUACCAGCGAGCGACCGGCUAUCAGGGUGACUUGUUUGCACUGCUCAAGCUGUGGAUAGCAGAGUCGGACGAACCCUGCACCGGCCUCAGCCUCUACCGAGCUCUGCACGAGAUCGCACCGGGCAUCGCUGUGCAGUGUAAAGGCCUGCUGAAGCUGCCAUAGAGCUUGAUAGUGAUCCGUCACACAGACGGUCGCUAGUUGAGUAUGCUUCGGGCACCGUGAAGCUACUACAGUAUGCGGCACUCUGUGAUACGACUUGGAAUGGAAUGCUGUCCGCCGCGUAUGGCAUCGGACCCUCACAGAUUUCCUCUGAAUCUGAAUAUCAGGGCCGUCCAAGACGAUGGCCGGUCGGCCAUGUAUUAGUGGAGUCUGCUGCACACACAAGCAGGAGUCGCCACCAAAUAACCCGGCCAUGGGUUUCAAAGCUACUUUAGCCAUAGCUGUGUGACUGUGUAUGGCUCAGGCGCGGCGUUCUAUCACCGUGUCGCACGCAGUGAUAUGAACGUGAUCACGCAGCAAUAUGGUCAGCUGGAAGUGGUGCUGUCCUGGAAAAGCAUGUUCGUUUGGUCUAGCAUCGUGAUUGGAUACAACGUGUGUUGUACUCAGCCUGCCUCUGAAUACAGCCAUCAGUCAGGCGGUCUCAGUGUUUACCCAGAUGUACUUCGAACUUAGUUUGAAGUACUUGUCAGCAGGACGUAGUUUACUGGUAACGUGAUCGUCGAGCUGUGCUGCUGAUGUACGUACUCCUGAGAGAGAAAGAGAGACUCAGUGUGUGUGUGUGUGUGUGUGUGUGUGUGUGUGUGUGUGUGCUUUUGAACUACGCAAAGUCACGGUUGUCACCGGUGCUCGAGGACGGGUCCCCGCCAGACUGCCCAGCAGCGUGAUUCGUUCACUAAUGUAUGCGAGUGUUCUCGCCGGUUCCAUUUGCGCCACCACCUCCGGCGUCAUCAGGCCGCGUGCUUCGUCUUCAUCUCUGAUGCCUCUCUGGGGCCCACAUGACCCCUGUGGCAGUGGCUCUACGGGGCGGGGACGGCGCACGCGCGCGCGUGUGUGUGUGUGUGCAUGUUUGCGUGUAUGACAGAGAUAGAGAGAGGAAAUGCUAUGCAUGGCUACCUAGUGGCUUUGGGGUGCUGUUGUUGCAGCUUUAAGGUGGAGACGGAUCACCAUAGCAGCGGCCUGUAAUUGCCCUAUCUCUGUUCUACUCUCAUGUUCCACAUGCUAAGCCACCUAACACCAUGGUGUUGGGAGCACAAAUAGAACAUAAUUAUUGCCUGCUUCUAACCCCCGCUGCUGACUCAGUGCAGAUACAAGCCGGCUUUGCUAGCAAACCGUGUUGUAUCUUGACAGGCUAAGCACAGCCAUGUCUGUCAACAUUUUAUCAACUUCUUCGUUGCUUGAGUAACCUACCUUUAAUUUAAAUUCACUUGAUAAAAGCUGUUGAAUGUCAAAUGCGGCUGUCUGAUCGCUGAAAUGCGUGAAACUUGAAGUAACAGCUACACAGCCUUUCGUGUUGUUUGUUUCUAAAACUGUUAUAAUUUACUUUUCUUUUAUUUGCGCUUAAAUUCUCUGAUUCCACUAGCACCUUACCACACUAUAUCAAGAACAUUCAUUGAGUUUUUGUAAUCAUUGCUGUCUGAUGAUCGCCACAGGCGUGAAACUCUGAGUCACAGCCAACCCAAGCUCCGUAUCCCAUUCUAUUCUUUUUUGUAUACUUUUCUACUAAGUUCAGCAUUUUAAAAUAAUGCUAGAUAUUUUGCUUGAGCAGAGUACAAUAGGGGCUGCAACACCGUCGGAUUGUGAAAUGUCAUGUUUUACUCCUAG